AUGGACGUUGCACACCAAUACUAUUUACAUACAGCGCAUCACUAUAACAUGGACGUUGCACACCAAUACUAUUUACAUACAGCGUAUCACUAUAACAUGGACGUGGCACACCAAUACGAUUUACAUACAGCGCAUCACUAUAACAUGGACGUGGCACACCAAUACGAUUUACAUACAGCGUAUCACUAUAACAUGGACGUUGCACACCAAUACGAUUUACAUACAGCGUAUCACUAUAACAUGGACGUGGCACACCAAUACGAUUUACAUACAGCGUAUCACUAUAACAUGGACGUUGCACACCAAUACUAUUUACAUACAGCGUAUCACUAUAACAUGGACGUGGCACACCAAUACGAUUUACAUACAGCGCAUCACUAUAACAUGGACGUGGCACACCAAUACGAUGUACAUACAGCGUAUCACUAUAACAUGGACGUGGCACACCAAUACGAUUUACAUACAGUGUAUCACUAUAACAUGGACGUGGCACACCAAUACGAUGUACAUACAGCGUAUCACUAUAACAUGGACGUGGCACACCAAUACGAUUUACAUACAGUGUAUCACUAUAACAUGGACGUGGCACACCAAUACGAUGUACAUACAGCGUAUCACUAUAACAUGGACGUGGCACACCAAUACGAUGUACAUACAGCGUAUCACUAUAACAUGGACGUGGCACACCAAUACGAUUUACAUACAGCGUAUCACUAUAACAUGGACGUGGCACACCAAUACGAUUUACAUACAGUGUAUCACUAUACCGUUAUAUAA